AUGAAGAGAGUCUUCGGUGUCAAGAAGAACAAGGAUCCUCCUCCUACCAUUCAGGAUGCUAACGAUAGGAUUACUAAACGAGGUGAUACGGUGGAAGAAAAGAUUAAGAAGCUUGAUGUGGAGCUUAGUAGAUAUAAAGAGCAGAUUAAGAAAACUAGACCUGGUCCGGCACAGGAAGCUAUUAAAGCUAGAGCCAUGAGAGUUCUUAAGCAAAAACGAAUGUAUGAGGGCCAGCGUGACAUGCUGUAUAAUCAGACAUUCAAUCUUGAUCAAGUUCAAUUUGCUUCUGAGGGCAUUAAAGAUGCUCAACAAACUAUGUCAGCUUUGAAGACUGCCAACAAGGAGUUGAAGGGAAUGAUGAAAACUGUGAAGAUUCAAGACAUUGAUAACUUGCAAGAUGAGAUGAUGGACCUCAUGGAUGUAAGUAACGAAAUCCAAGAGACUCUGGGUAGAAGCUAUAAUGUGCCUGAUGACAUUGAUGAGGAUGAUCUUAUGGGUGAACUUGAUGCGCUUGAAGCAGACAUGGGAAAUGAGACUGAAGCUGAUGGGGUCCCAUCAUACCUCCAACCUGAUAAAGAAUCUGAUUUGGAGGCAGAGCUUAACUUACCAUCAGCUCCAUCAGGACAAACAGCAGUGCCCCCUGGCAGAUCCAAUGCCCAAACUGAGGAUGAAUUGGGUUUACCUGCUGUUCCUCGGGCAUCCUUACGCGGUUAAAGUAUGCUUUUUAUAUCACGGCGUAGCUAGUGCAGUCACAAGCAAGGCCCUGUAAAGAUGUCCAGAUCUCGAAACGUUGAUUGAUUCAGUGAUUUAAUUGGUCUGAUGUUGGCAUUAUAGACUUAGUAGUUAGUACCUUUGUUUUCCGUUGUAAUAAGCCUUGUGGAAGCAUCUUUGAUAUUUGUAUGAAGCUUAUGAUAUGGAAAAGGAAAAGGAAAAUAUCGCUGGAAAUUUGUGGAAAGCUUGGAACCUGUAAGUUGUGUUUAAAGGAAAUUUAUAUAUACACAUCGUUAUCCCAAUGUCAUUCUCUGCAAUAAAAUGAUUUUAGUCGAUUGCUGUA